AUCGAAGCUGCGUUCUUAAGAAAACAGAGGCUCUCGAGCGAGCAGCGGCGGAUACCGAAGACAGCGCGGCAGCGGCUGCGGCUUGUUGCACGCCAGCGUGCCACCGCCGUCUUCUCCGUGGGAUAACGCGCUUGACGGCCACGCAUCCUGCGCAGCAUGGGGCGAAGCUUCAGCUGGAAGCCUGAGAACACGGAAGUCGACCAUGCGGCCAGCUUCGCCACAACGAAUGGUAGCGCAGGAGUCGCAAAAGUUGGUGGUUGCAGUUUUCUUGGUGGCAACGGCUGCGAAAAACCGAAAGACAAGACGCUUGUCAAGUAUGGAGCAGGCGUUGGCAAGAGCAGUAAGAGAAGGAUGGCGCAGCCCGACGGUCAGCUCAGUUGGGCGAUGGCCGUGGUCUGCUUCCUCAUCAACAUGCUCUCCUCAGGCUUUGGUCGUUGUCUCGGCCUCUUCUUCAACGCCAUCAUGUCCACGUUCGCGGUACCACGAGGAGAGGCUUCGCUUCCCCUGUCUGUCUAUGGGGGUUUCUUCAACUUGAGCGGUCUCAUAUCCGGAGCCCUGAUACAGGCCUUCGGAACGCGCAACACAUCGAUCAUCGGAAGCACCCUUACCAUACUUGGACUCUCCAUCUCUGUAUUCGCCACCGGACCAAUCUUUCUUGCCUUUUCAGUGGGCUUCUUGCUCGGUACUGGCCAGGGCCUCAUUCUCAACAGCAUCGUGGUGUGCGUGAGCCAAUAUUUCGAGAAACGGCGAGGUACAGCGUUGGGCCUAAACAUGGCCGGAGCAACCGUGGCUUCUCUUGUGUUCCCCAACCUGUACGAGUUUCUGAUCGCCGAGUACGGCCUCCGGGGCACACUCCUCAUAAUUGGCGGCUCGCUGGGCAACGUCUUGGCCCUUUCCAUGCUUCUAAACCCGCCUCCGUGGGAAAAGGAGGCCCAAGAGAGUGGCCCUGUCACUCUGGAAACGAAGGGAAAUUGUAAUGGUCCGUACGGAACCCCGGCGACUGGCCGAGUGUCUGCCGUGUGCGACGCUGCAGAGGAAGACAAGGGCAAGCUUUAUCUCGAAAUUGAGCCGUCACGCCUGUCGUCACCGCAAACCAGGAAAGCCACAUUGGUAAGCGUAUCGAAUCGUGGAGCCAGCACUUGCAGGCGGGGAACCAUCAUCAGCGUCGGUGACAAAACGAGCGUGGUUGGGAACCGCAGGGGAACCAUCAUAAGCCUCGGCGACCAUGCAAGGACGUCCCGACGCGGCACCCUCGUAUCCGACCACCCUUGUGCCCUGUCGUCCAGGCGGGGAACACUCACGAGCAGCGUGGGCGGAGAAUCGGUCUCCAUGGCUCCGGACUUAAACGAGAUUCGCGCACGCAGAGGCACCAUGAUGAGCGUAGCGGGAUCGAUGGUCGCGAGCAAUAAAAUGGCGCGGGGCUUCACUGCGGCCGAAGCCGUGUCCGCACGCAGGGGCACCUUGGUGAGCCUCAGCAAUUCGUGCCGCCUCGAUUGCUCGUCCUUGCGGGACGACGCGCUCAAGAUUGAGCUUCCCGCAGUUCAAGAAGAGAUCCCCAGCUCGCAGUCAGUGCUCAAGAACACCCUGGAGGUGCUCAAAGCCCCGCGCUUCUAUUUCCAUGCUAUGAGCUACGUUGCGUUGCCCUUCUUCCUCGAUUCGUUCCUGACUGUGAUGUUUGACUUCGCCGAAGACAUCGGUGUGCCCCCGUCUGAUUCUGUGCACGCGCUGACGAUGUUCUCAGCCACGGAUACCGUAGGGCGAUUGUUCGUCCCUUUUAUAAGCGACUACGGCCUCAUCUCAAACUGUGGUCUGCUCACCAUCGCAUACUUCUCUCUGGGACUACUACAGCAACUCGCGCCUCACAUACAGGGAAAGGCAGCUUUCUGGGGAUUGUCAACUUUCAUGGGUCUCCCGGCUGGUUACCUCAUGGUCGGAGCUCCAGAGAUUUUAUCAACCGAGAUCGGUACGAAGAACCUGCCCAUUGCUUACGGAUUUAUGACGACACUCACGGCUCUCGCAGGCUUCGCAAGACCGCCCGUUAUCGGUUUCUUCCGCGACAACUACGGCAGCUACGAUGGUCUGUUCCGGCUAGUUGGCGGCAUGCUUACGCUCUCCUUCCUGUUCACGGCUGGUCUGUGGAUUACCGGCCGCAAGAAACUCAGGGAGCGAGAGGCGACCGCCGCCACACCGGAGGCCUUUGUCUUCGUACCGGAGCCGAUGCCGACGCUCAAAGAAGAAGAAGCGGACUUCUGAACAAGCGGCGGAGCGGAAGAGACCUCAAUCGAGGAACGGAAAAAAGAAAGACCGAAAAGGCAGGGUCGAGAGAAGCUUUUGAAGGGCCGUUGUAAAUAGCCUAUAGGAGAGAAAAACAGGUGCUCGCCACGUGAUAAGCAACCCUACUAAAGCGUUCUGUAGUCGAAUAAUAGCGCAUAUUUUCUUAUGGAGUCCAUGUACUCGCCAGAUAGCAUUUGCCAUAUAGUUGUCGCAUGUUUGCCGUAUAUUUACGUAAGAACAUUGCGAAAAGAUAUGUAAUUAUUGGAAUGGCAUAGGGCACGUUUCGUAAGAAAACGGUACCUCUUAUCGGGUGAGCAUGCGCAGGAUAUUGUGGGGAGAGUGCGGCAAGGGCUGGCCGUGGCUACGGCGUGAUUGAGCGCCAUUGACCAAACAGUGCUCGAAAGAUUCGGCACCCAAUGAGUUCCUUUCUUCUUCGAGGUUAUCUUUCUCCAUGAAAGACCUCACCAUUUCGUUAUCAUCGACAGCUUUGGAAAUUGCAACACUAACACUAGGCUUCAUUUAUUUUUAGCUUGCUCUACGCUAGUUUAGUACUUCACAAGGGAAGGCCACAGUCAUCGUGUAUAUAAAACUUUGAUGUAGAGGUUUAAAAUGUACAUAGUAAAUACGAGGCACCAGCCAUUUUCUCGAGGGCGCUUUCGUCAUGAGAAGUUUUUGCGAAUGAACUCUUUAUGGUGUAGCCAUAGCCGUGUGCAGAGGGGGGCAGGGGGCGGCCGCCCCCUCCUAGUCACCUAAGAAGAGGGGGCCGCAGAGUCUGCCCUAUACAUUGACUUAAUAGGGAGGGGUACGCCGCGAUAAACCUUCGACCCCCCCCCCCCUUCCGUAGGGGAACCCUGCGCACGCGGGUGUAGCAUACGUUAAACAAUGUGCGGGAAAGAACUGUAACACAUGAAAAGCUGCUCCCAUCUCAUCGUGGUCUCCAUUGUUUCGCAUACUUCGCACAUCAUACCAUAGUAAUGAGAACUAACAGACAAUAAUGCCAAGGAAAGUAUAGGGGAAGUGUUUUUUUUUUUUUUUUUAGUAGUAAAUGUAAAGUAAUUGUGAAGAAAGAAAAGUGGACGAAAAGAUAGCUUGCCGCGGGCAGGGACCGAACCUGCGACCUUCGAAUAACGCGUCCGAUGCUCUACCAACUGAGCUACCGCGGCGGCCAUCCCCCCGUCCACUUUAUAGGGUAUAUAUGUGAAUUUAAACGUGGGAGCGUCAGUCAGCGCCGCCAGUAGCCAUGACGGCGAGUGUGGAACACUCUUUCUCUGCCUGUUGGCGUCACGUAGCACGUGAACUUAUUACGAGCUGGCAGCUGACCAAUAAUCCCUCGCAUACUACCUGAAAGCAUCAAGUCUGCCAGAACGAGACCCUCGCUAUGAAUGAAGGAAAGAAGUGUUAAUUUCAAGGGCUCGUUUUCUUUGUUAUACACAAUAUUAAUGAGAACUAACAGACAAUAAUGCCAAGGAAAGUAUAGGGGAAGUUUUUUUUUUUUUUUUUUUUUUAG